CAUCGUCUAAAUUCUAAAAUACUCAGGGAGCGUGCUGUAGAAAUGUAAUAGCCUCUCUCUGACAUCCCUGAACUGCUUUCGACUUCACUUACCAAAAUACAUGGAAGAAAAUCAGACGAGGCCUCUAGAGAUACUGUCCAACUCCAUUAGGCAGAAACCACAGAAGUCAGCGGCCAGCUCGUUCAGCAUCUGACGACAACACUUUGAGUUCAUGGUACAUCUUAUCACAAAGGUCUGCCAUAAUAAGAUUCCAAAACAGACAGCGAUGAUAGAAUAAUUUACGUCAUGAAACUGAAAGUAAAGUAUUUGGGGGAUGUCCGAACUCUUGAAGUGGCAGGAGAACCACAAGAUAUUAUUCUGGCAGACCUUACAAACAUCACAACAGACCUAUUUCAUCUCCAAAGGUCAGUUGUACUGAGUCUCAAUAAAAAGGACGCACUGAGAGGAGAUGAACUUACGCUGGCCCAGCUAGGCAUUGUAUCUGGUGAUCUGCUUUUUGUUCUUGAAGCAGAAAGUCCAUCAACAUCUCCAGGUAUUAGUUCUGAAGAACUCCGUAACAUUGAUGCUGGCGCUCAAGCAGACAAGCAGGGUUUACCUGCAUCAGCAUCCUCCUCAGCCUGUGAAUCCAUUUCCUCCGGCUGUUCUGGUGGUCACAGUUCAUCUUUUCUUAGUCCUAUAGGCUUGUUACAUAGUCACUCUUAUGAAAAUGCUGGUGUGGGGAGAGAGAACACAGACAACUGCAGUACAGUUGCUAAUGGAGGAAUCCCAAGGAAGAAUACAGAGAGUGACAGCCAAGCAGGGAGAAAUGGACAGAGUAAGGAUGAAGGAGGACCAGAUAACCUCCAUCGGCAGCAUUUUGUAGAUGAGGAGGAUGCUAAUGUUCCUGGCCCCAGUGCAGCUUCUGCCAGCCUUGAGGGACAGAAUGACCCUGCAUUUUUAGUACAGUCCCUGCCAGCUCAAGACCCAGAGGUUAAUCGAUGUCUACAAGAGCCUCUGUUGUGCAGAGAGUCUUCACCCAUUGCUGUGCCAGUCAUGCUAAGGGACCUUUAUGCAGGCGCCCAAUGUUGCAAGGUUGCUGAUGCAUUGUGGGUAGCUGUCCAUGCUCUGAUGAUGGAGGUUGGCCUGAGACCCCAAGAGGAUGCGAGUCUUUCUAUGGGAGAACAUUGGAAUACAGAGGGAUUUUACAAACGCACCUAUAGACAUACCAUUGCUGAUGCCAGAUAUAGCUGCGCUGUGGUUGGCAUUCCAAUGGGAGGCAGCCUAAUUCUUCAUGGGGUCAUCUCAGGAGACCCUCCUUUCACAACAGAGAAGGUCCAGCUUAGAGUGGCUGACUUUGUAUGUGGGAGUGGAGUCAGUAAUGAUGUAUGCAGUGUGUACCGUAACCUGGAGCGCCUGUCACGCCUGGUAAAAGACAUGAUAUGUCAGCCAUUGCUGGCCCAGCUAGCAGAAGAGUGUGGCUAUCCAGUCAGUCUUGGACUGCUGUGUUUAUCACAUGAACUCAAGCUGAAGGUACUGAGCUACCUGCCUGCCUGCAGUUUGGUGCGAAUGGGGCAGGUGUGUCAGUUGUUUGCCAGCAUGUAUUGCGACCCCUGGCUUUGGCGUCGACUGUACCUCAGGGAAUUUGGCCGUCCAGCUGAAGGUACCACUAGUCUGGCCAACGACUGGUAUACCCUCUUCAAGCAAAAAUGGCGAGAAAGACUUCAGCGGUCAAGGGCCAUGACACGAACACAUCCAAUCCGGCCAUACUGGGUGGGUCCUUACCCAGUGCCCUUCACUCCACUUGUGCCACCACCUUAUGCUGAGGGGAUCAUAGGGGGUGACUAUGACCUUAAUCCUGAAUACUCUUCUGGUAUUCCACAUCCUCUCUUUGGCCGACUAGGCAGUAGGAUGCCAUUUAUACCUCACCCUCGCUUCGAUGAUCCGUUUGGAUUUGGUCCACCCCCUGACCAGCCACCAGGUUUUGGGCAGCAUUGUGAUGAGGCACUUGGGUUCGGGCAAUUAGCCAGGUCAGCGUUCGGACCUCGCCGAAACCGUGUGUUCAACCUGCCCAGAAUGUCACGGUUCUGAGCUGAUAGAGUUCGAUGUACAUAAUGGUGUAGAGGCAUGAAGUUUGGGCUUGUAGACUGGUAGUCAACAUCCCAGAGAUUUGAAUUCUGCAGGCUAUUAUUUACAUUUCACGUGCUUUCUCACACAUACCUUGUAUAUGUCAAGGCAAAUAUUUGUUCAUAAUUUUAGUCACUCUCCACAGUGCUUUGUCGGGUGCUGUUACUGUCUAGGUGAUGUGACAAUUGUAGUAGGUCUGUGUGGCACCCUUCCUUCUAUAGCUGGUGUGACCUGGAUGCAUGCUGAUGGGUAUGAGCACUUGUUCAGAUGUAAGAAGUGUAUUGUUACCUUAUGUGCAUCUGAUCAAUGUCACUGGCCGGACGAGUUGAUUUUGUAGAAAGCAGCGUUCAAGCUAUAGGCCAAAAUUAAUCUGGCAGAUGCUGGAUCUUGGAAAGACAAGGUCAACACUGCUGCUUUUGUGCUGUCUACCCUUAGUGCAAUGCAUGUAAUGUGAACUUAAUAUUCCUUUAAAUUGUUAAGUGUUUUAAGUAUUUAAAAGUAAAUUUUGUUUUAUCAAAAGAAAAUUGUACAGGCAGUGAAGGAUACACUGGGACAAUUGUCACUAGUGGAUGAGCAGCAACUUCAAUAAACAAAAUGAUUGUACCUUUCUGGAAAUGUAAAAAAUUGUGCUCUUAUAUCAAACUGCCUUAAUAAUAUGCACAAGAUUGGGCAUAAGUGUUACUAUAUAAGUGUUAUGAAGUACCUAACCUGUGAGAGCUUAUGUUUAGCUGAUGCCAAAACUUUUGUAUUUGAUAUCUGCAUUUAUUGAGGUAUAGGUUUAUUCAGAAUACUGUAAAGUUACUCCCAAGUAGCCAAGCAUGAGGCACAUGCUCUGACAAGGGUCGUGAACAGAGAGCGCAACACCAUCAUUCUCUUGCAGGAGUCUUGCGAAACACAGCACAUCCAAAUGUUGUUUAUCCUUCAAAGUGACCAACACAGAACUUAUCGAUGCUUUUAUAAUUAUACAAUAGGUUAAAAAAAAAUAGGAGGAAUAUCUACUAACAGGAUACAGAGAUAAUGACAUCCAGCAAUGUCAGACCAGAGGGGAGAGACUAAAAUCCUUUAAAAGAAGAGCAACUGAAUAACAGCAUUUUGAUCUGGGUGUACAGUGUAAUACUAGCUGAAUGGCUAAAGAUUAGCUGAACUGCCGUGCUGCUAUUUUAUAAGCAUUUAACCCUUUGAGUAAUUUUGAGCCUUCUGCCCGAGCUCCUGGGCCAAAAUUUUGACUGUGCAGACUGGUUCAUUUUCAAAAUGAAUGUCUGUGGCCGAAUCAUCCGAUUCAAAUUACUGUCAGUGAGAUAGAAUCAUUAUCAUACUCUACUUCUGACAACUCAUCCAGCAUAUUAUUUGCUGCAUUGUAUACACUUAAUUUUGUGCAUGUUUUGUCCCUGAUUUCACCCCCGAUGGGCCAGGGUGAGGCUCUGUACACUGCAUGCUAUAAAAAAAAAAAUUGAUCCAAUAUUAUCCAAAACACAGUGAAAGGGAGCAGCCACACUGCACUAAAUGUACUGAUGUCAGAAUGGUAUGGCUUCUCUUCAAGGUGCAAAACACAAGUGUUACACACUAUUGUACCAGUGGCUAGGCAAUAAGUCAUUUCUCUCUACCACCGGUAAAGUGGUGAGAGCUCAAAGGGUUAAGGCGAGAGACAGCUAGUAGUGUACUAUGUACCUGCCCACUGGUCAGAAACAAAUCUGCAUGUGACGUUUGGUGACAUGAUGGAUAUAUAGUCAAUUUUUUUGAAACGAAGUGAAAAUUAACUCUUGCUAGACAAUAGUAAAUGCAAGGUGAAAAAGAAAAGACAAGAGAAAUCUGAGCUCUCCUAUCUUGUCUAUGCUUGUAUUCAUUGUAAACAAUACAUGCUGCUGCAAAGUC